AUGUCCGGCUACAGGAACAGUGACAGCGGACAAAUGUCCAUGGAAAAUUAUUCCAUGGACAAAUAUUCCGUGGACAAAUAUUCCGUGGACAAAUAUUCCAUGGACAAAUAUUCCGUGGACAAAUAUUCCGUGGACAAAUAUUCCGUGGACAAAUAUUCCAUGGACAAAUAUUCCACGGACAAAUAUUCCAUUGACAAAUAUUCCACGGACAAAUAUUCCAUUGACAAAUAUUCCACGGACAAAUAUUCCACGGACAAAUAUUCCAUUGACAAAUAUUCCAUUGACAAAUAUUCCACGGACAAAUAUUCCAUUGACAAAUAUUCCACGGACAAAUAUUCCACGGACAAAUAUUCCAUUGACAAAUAUUCCACGGACAAAUAUUCCACGGACAAAUAUUCCAUGGACAAAUAUUCCACGGACAAAUAUUCCGUGGACAAAUAUUCCGUGGACAAAUAUUCCGUGGACAAAUAUUCCAUGGACAAAUAUUCCACGGACAAAUAUUCCAUUGACAAAUAUUCCAUUGACAAAUAUUCCACGGACAAAUAUUCCACGGACAAAUAUUCCAUGGACAAAUAUUCCGUGGACAAAUAUUCCACGGACAAAUAUUCCAUUGACAAAUAUUCCAUUGACAAAUAUUCCACGGACAAAUAUUCCACGGACAAAUAUUCCAUGGACAAAUAUUCCAUGGACAAAUAUUCCGUGGACAAAUAUUCCGUGGACAAAUAUUCCAUGGACAAAUAUUCCACAGACAAAUAUUCCAUUGACAAAUAUUCCAUUGACAAAUAUUCCAUUGACAAAUAUUCCAUUGACAAAUAUUCCACGGACAAAUAUUCCACGGACAAAUAUUCCACGGACAAAUAUUCCGUGGACAAAUAUUCCGUGGACAAAUAUUCCGUGGACAAAUAUUCCAUGGAAAAUUAUUCCAUGAACAAAUAUUCCACGGACAAAUAUUCCAUUGACAAAUAUUCCAUGGACAAAUAUUCCACGGACAAAUAUUCCAUGGACAAAUAUUCCACGGACAAAUAUUCCAUUGACAAAUAUUCCAUUGACAGAUAUUCCAUGGACAAAUAUUCCAUGGACAAAUAUUCCAUGGACAAAUAUUCCAUGGACAGAUAUUCCAUUGACAGAUAUUCCAUGGACAAAUAUUCCAUGGACAGAUAUUCCAUUGAAUCCCCCAAAUGA